AACUCGCAAGGUCUCCCGCCACUCUCAUUUCAGCCCUAAAACGGUCCCAGCAUCGCUUCGGCCGAGUACGCGAUAAGCAUUGCCAAUAGAACGAAGAAAAAAUCAAGAACGAUGGAGAAUUGGGCUACGGAAUCAAUGGAGCUGAAGGUGAGAGAGCUCUUGAAGGAGGUUCAGCUCGACUACUCCCUUUCGAUCACUAGGUUUGUCGACGACGCGGUUUCGUUCAUCAGAGAAACUAUCGACAGUAUCCCUGAAAAUGUUAAGGUUGGUGCAGAUGCAGCUCCUUGUUUUAUUAGAGAUAUUGGUGCAGAUAAAGUUGAUUUUACAUUCAAAAAACCGAAAUCUAUCGAAAUUGGCGGCAGUUAUUCGAUGAAGUUGAUCACAAAGCCUGACGUGAAUGUCGAUCUUUUUCUUCGGAUGCCCAAGGAUUGUUUCCAUGAGAAAGACUACUUGAAUCACCGUUAUCAUGCCAAAAGAUGUCUUUACCUAUGCACAAUCAAGAAAUAUCUGACAUCAUCUUCGAAAUUUCGAAAGAUUGAAUGGUCAACCUUCCAAAAUGAAGCCCGUAAACCUGUUUUGGUUGUAUAUCCAGUUCAGGAGCUAGCCGAACUUCCUGGUUUUUUCAUAAGGAUAAUCCCGACGGCAACAUCAUUGUUUAAUGUUUCGAAACUGGACUUGACACGGAACAAUGCCCGUACAGUAAACCAAGAAGAGAAUGCUCCUCAGGCUACACCAAAGUACAGUAGUAGCAUUUUGGAAGAUAUGCUUUUAGAGGAAAAUGCGGAAUUUGUCAGGAAAGCUUUUCUUGGGUGGAAGGAGUUAGGAGAAGCUCUAAGUUUGCUGAAAGUUUGGUCUCGGAACAGAAGUUCUAUAUAUUGUUAUGAUUGUCUAAAUGGAUUCUUAAUCUCUGCCAUAGUGUCAUACCUUGCGACAGAAUCAGGAGGAAAUCGUAUUAACAGGUCAAUGAAGGCAAUACAAAUUUUUCGUGUUACACUGGACUUUAUUGCCACACCAAAGUUAUGGAACAAAGGCCUUUUUCUUCAGCAUCAAGGGCAAUGUAGUAUUAAAAAGGAGAGGGAUGGGAAAUUGCAGGCAAGGAGUCAAUAUCUACAAUCAUUUCCAGUAGUUUUAUGUGAUUCAUCUGCUCAUUUCAAUCUAGCAUUCCGAAUGUCAAGGAAUGGCUUUGUGGAGCUUCGAGAUGAGGCUGCUUUGACACUCACUUGCAUAGACAAAUGCAGAGAUGGUGGUUUUGAAGAGGUUUUCAUGACCAAGGUUGACUUCCCCGCUAAAUACGAUCACUGCAUAAGGAUUAAUUUGAAAGGCAAUAGUAAGGUUUGUUCAUCUGGCUUUUGUUUGGAUGAUGAAUGCUGGAGAAUAUAUGAGGACAAGGUGCAUCUUCUUCUUGAACAAGGAUUAGGUGAUAGAGCAAAAUUUAUUCGUGUUACUUGGAGAAAUUGUCCCUCUGAGUUGACUAUAGAAGAGGGUCUGUCAAAGUUCGAUAGUGAGCCAUUGCUUGUUGGGAUACUAGCCAGCUCUUUUGAUAAGAGUUUUAGAGUUGUUGAUAUUGGUCCAAAUGCUGAGAACAAAGAGGAGGUUCUUUGGUUUAGAAGGUUUUGGGGGGAGAAGGCAGAGCUCCGGAGAUUUAAAGAUGGGACUAUUGCAGAAAGCACAGUAUGGGAAUGCAAGCAAUGGGAAAGACAUCUAAUCAUUAAAAGGAUCACUGAGUAUGUCCUUUCACGGCAUCUUUCCUUAUCAAAAGAUAAUAUGGUGCAUGUUGCAGAUCAACUUGAUUUCUGUCUUCUUCAUGGUGUUGGAGAUCCUAUUUCAUUUUCUGGAGAUUUGCUUACGGCAUUUGAAGUCCUAGCAAAGCGCCUGCGUAAUUUGGAAGACAUUCCUUUGAGGGUAUCUAGUGUGCAGCCUUUAGAUCCAGGUUCUUCUCUGAGCUGGUUCACAUCUGUCUUCCCUCCUGAACCUCAUCCCUUGGCUAAUGAAAAGAUUGUUAGCCAAAGAUUAGAAAAGCUCACUUCAGUUUGUAUUCAACCAGUAGAAGUAAUGAUUCAGUUGGAGGGUUCAGGAAACUGGCCAAUGGAUGAUGUUGCAAUUGAGAAGACUAAAACUGCUUUCCUUCUAAAAAUUGGAGAAAGUCUCCAGAACAGAUGGGGCAUGAAAUGUGUUGCUUCUGAGGAUGAGGUGGAUGUACUUAUGUCUGGAUAUGCAUUUCGUCUUAGAAUCUUGCAUGAGAGAGGUCUGAGCUUGUUGAAAAAGCAAGUUGGAAAUGAUCAAGUAAAGCGAGUUUCUUCUAUAGACAAGGAACUUCUUAUCCGCAGUCAGCACUCGAGCAUGAUUAAUGGUUUACAGGGUUGUUACCCUACAUAUGGUCCGGUUGUGCGACUUGCAAAACGAUGGGUUACUUCACAUCUGUUUUCAGCAUACCUGGCAGCGGAGGCAAUCGAAUUAUUGGUUGCAUAUCUUUUUUUGAAGCCUUUGCCAUUUCAAGCUCCUUGUUCACGGAUAACUGGAUUUUUAAGGUUCUUGCGGUUGCUGUCUGACUAUGACUGGACAUUUUCUCCUUUGGUCAUCGAUAUAAACAAUGAUUUGUCCUUGAAGGAUGACAAAGAGAUCAGUGAGAACUUUAUGUUAAGCAGAAAAUCUUACGAAGAAAAUGCUAAAACUGUAGAGCCAGCAAUGUUUUUAGCUACAGCAUAUGACAAGGCAUCUGAAGCCUGGACCAGACAUUCACCAAACACUUCUGAACUUAGAAGGAUGGUGGCCUAUGCUCAACGCAGUGCUGACUUUCUUACAAACAUCAUCCUAAAGGAUCAGAUGGAUUCUCAUAGAUGGGAGUCUCUGUUCAGAACUCCUCUAAACAACUAUGAUGCCAUAGUCCUCCUUCACAAGGAUAGACUGCCUUACCCUCAACGCCUUCUUUUCCCAUCCGAAGUAAAACUAGGGAAACAUGUUGCUAAAGGGAAUGCUAGUAAAGAUUUCCAUCCCUACGUAUUGCCAGGAGACAGACAUGGAAACUUAGAGGAACUGAAGAACAAGCUCAUGCUAAAUUUUGACCCAAUGAGGUGCUUUGUGGAUGAUUUAAAGAAAGAGUUCUCUGGCACUUUUAAGGUUUGGUAUGACUCUAUUGGAGGUGAUGCCAUUGGCCUAACAUGGGAGAAGCCUUUCUCAAGGAAAAGGGAACGAGAAGCAGCAGGGGAGGAAAGAAGAGAUCCAAUUGAUGUGUUAAAAGAUGUCGGUGAGGUGGGCAAAGGAUUCGUGAGGAGUAUUUAUUUUCUCAAGGCCCCAAAACUCACGAGCUAAGUUCCAGAGCUGCGAAAACUUCAGUUUCUAUGUAAUAUCUAAACUUGCAAUUUUGUAGUCUCAAUUCUCCUAGUAAAGGCCCCAAGUUUUUAAGAGUUGGGAGUUGUAUCAGUAUGGACCAAAAUGUUUCUUUCUUUUGGGGAAACAAGAAAAUAUACGGCCUCUGAGAUAAUUGUGCUAUGUAAAGUCAUUAUCAUCAUCGUUAUUGUUGUUGUUGGACUGUGGAGGUGGACAUAUUCAUGAAAAAGUAGAUGUGAGUUGAUACAAGGUGGAGUAUGACUAUUCUAGUA